AGAAAAUGGAUGCUUUUACAAACAAAUUAGCGGAUGAACACGAGUUUGAGGAUGAAAGUGCCCAUGAAAAGUCUUUCUCAUCCAGGCUUUCUAAUGGUGGGAACGAGGAAGAUUAUAACAGGGUCAGUCUCCCUCGUCAAGAUACUCGUAAAAGUGGGGCAAAUGACUCAAUAAAAGCCGACGGGAUUGAGUUUGAGCUUGAACAAGACGAGAAAUAUAAGCAAGACAUCGAGAUAAAUAAUAAUCUUGACCAUAGAGACGAUAGAAUUGAUGCUAAUUCUAGUGAGCAAUUCGACAAUCCCCGACUUCGAAGAAAAGUAGGCUUUGGCGAUGAGGAAGAUUCUGACGGAGAUGAAGAUAUAGAUGGUAAACCAAAAAUUCAAGGGAGCCAAGGAACUGUAAUCGGGGUCUUUUUUCCCUGAUUACAAAGUAUUCUCGGUAUCAUCCUCUUCUUGAGGCUGCCAUCAAUAACAGGGGAAGCUGGUCUCUGGAGGACAAAUGUAAUUAUUUUAUUAGGAACUUCUGCUACAUGCCUCACCACAUUGUCGAUGAAUGCUAUUUGUACAAAUGGUAAAAUGAGUAAAGGAGGAGCAUACUACCUUCUUUCAAGAUCUCUUGGGCCAGCCAUUGGUGGAUCACUAGGGAUUUUAUUUUAUUUCGCAACAACAAUAUCAGGAGCAAUGUAUAUUUUGGGAGCAAUCGAAGCCUUCAUAGUUUCUACAGGAUUUGGGAUUUCAAUCGAAGGUUUCACAUUGAGAUUUUUAUCGCUGAUAGUGCUGAUACUGAUCCUCGCUAUUAAUUGGAUUGGGAUCAAUUACGUAGCUAGGACAGGCAUUGUCUUUCUAUCUGUCACUCUUGUGUCAAUAUUUUGAAUUUUUAUUGGCAUCCUUUUCUCAAAUCUGAGAAAAAGUGAUCUACCUGAAGGAGCAAGCGGAAUGUCAUUUUCAAACUUUGAAGAUAACUUUGGGUCUGGUUAUAGAGAAGAUUCAUCAUUCUUCACACUCUUAGCAAUAUUUUUCCCUGCAUGUACUGGGAUUAUGGCAGGAUCAAACAGAUCAGGAGAUUUAAAGGAUCCAGCAAAAAGCAUUCCAAAGGGAACAUUAGCAGCUACACUUACAACAACAAUAGGAUAUUACAUUUUUGCUUUCUUUUUCGCAAUAGUUUCUUCAAAAAAAGGACUCCUAAACGACGAUAUUAUUUUUGUAGCAGAGAUUUCAUGGCCUUUCAAGUUCCUAGUUCAUGCUGGUAUAAUCUUCUCCUCUCUUGGAGCUGCCUUACAAGGUUUAGGAGGAGCCACUAAAAUACUUACUGCAAUUUCAGGUGAUAAUUUGAUACCCUUCCUCAAGAUAUUCCAUCAGAAGAAAAUAUGGGCUUUUGCUCUAAACGCAUUAAUUUCCUUGUUAGCAAUCAUAAUUGGGUCCUUGGAUAACGUAGCUCCGAUUGUAUCAAUCUUCUUCCUGGCUUUAUAUGGAGGUAUCAAUGCAGCAUGAUUUUUACUCGACUGGCUUGGUUCACCCAACUGGAGGCCAACAUGGAAAUACUUCCAUAAAUUAACUGCCCUUUCUGGACUCAUUCUUUGUGUGUGAAUCAUGAUCAUGACCAGUUGGUACUUUGCCAUAAUCACAGUUAUCCUAGGAGGAGCCCUAUAUGCCUAUAUUGAUAGAAGGACAAAAGAAAGGGAUUGGGGAGACGGAAUUGUAGGAAUGAGAGCUGAAAGGGCGAGAGAUGCCCUCCUCAAGCUUGAUAAAUAUAAAACCCAUGUUAAAAAUUGGCGUCCUAAAUAUCUUGCUCUGGGCUCGGUUGAUGAGAAGGGAGAAAUUUCCUCAACAGGAGUCUUGAAUCUCCUUAAUCAACUCAGAAAAGGAACAGGGCUUGCUAUUUAUGGCUGAGUGGUCAGAGGGGAAUAUAAUGAACAAAAUUUCAAAGUUGCCAAAAUGAAAGAAAAGCAACUUGAUGAAUAUCUCAGCAAGAAUAAACUUCAUGUUUUUUCAAAAGUUGUCCUGACUAAUGACGUCGAGAAUGGUAUUAUUUAUCUGAUCCAAUCAGCUGGACUUGGAGGCCUUGAGCCAAAUACCGUCCUACUAUCUUGGCCUGAUGAAUGGGAACAUGACUUAUUAAGAAUAAAGAAAUUUGUACACAUCAUAAACAGUGCUCAUACAUAUGGGCAUGUGAUCACAGUCCUAAAGCCUGAGGAUGCAUUUACUGGAAACACAAAGCAUAGAGGAACUAUUGAUAUCUGGAGUUUUUACUAUGCAAAAGGGAUGCUUCUCCUUAUUGGUCAUCUCCUGAAACAAUCCAAGAAUUGGUCCAAAUGAAAAGUUCGUCUCUUUGUUGUCACCACAUUGGACAGAUCUGAACAUGACAAUCUCAAGAAAGUUGUUAGAGAGAUGCUUGAAAAAUACAGGCUUUUGCUUAGUAUUCAAAUUGAAAUAGUCAAACUAUCUCCUGAAGAGGUGGAACCAUUUUCAUAUAAUAUGGAGAAGGAGCUCAAAGAUGAAGACAAGGUGAUUCAACAAGUUGCUCUAGAGAAUAAAUACGAGGACCAAAAAAUUCAAAAUCUCAUGAAAUUGACAAAUUACCAAAGAAUUGAAGAAGAUAGAGUCAAGAAAAUGAUCGAGAUGAGAGGUGGUGACACUCACAUCUACACCAACGGUUCUGAAGACUCCUAUCCAUUCGAAAAGCAGGCAAUCUCAAUUAACAGAAAGAUCCUAGAAAUGUCCGCAGACUCUAGCCUUGUUGUAACCAACCUGCCGUACAAAUCCAACGAGCAGUCAUCUAAAGAUUUUCUGAUGUUUUGAAAUAAAUUCACUGAAAAUCUGAAAAGAGUUCUUCUUAUCAGAAACACAGGAAAAGAAGUUAUUGUAGCAAUGAUUUAGGUAUAAUUAAGCUCAAUUAUUAUCU